CGUGGAUUUUACAUACGACAAGCCACACCCACAUGCCGCCAGCUAAAACAGAGCCAACGCAGGCGCAGAUCAAAGCCCAGCCAAGACAACGCGGCAAUUACGUACCCUAUUUUUUCGCAAAAGAAGGUAGAACUAAAGAGUGGAGGCUAAAAUGAUUCGGCGCAAAGUUUGAUGGAAAUCGCCUACAUGUUUUGCGCAUCGAUGGGGGAAGUAAAUACAUUUUUGUCGUUGUGCCUGGAAAACGACUCAACGGGAGUACGUAACUUGUUGACAAAUGGUAUUCCAGUUGACGCUCAGGAUUCCGAAGGCACUACGGGGUUGCAAAUAGCAUCUACAAACGGGUACAAAACGUUGGCCGAACACCUUUUGGAGCAAGGCGCCGAUGUCAACUUGGCCAACAAAUGCGGUUGGACACCGCUUAUGCAUGCUGCACAGCAUGGUCAGGUGUCAGUAGUGACGCUGUUAUUGAAUUACGGUGCGGCCAUAAAUGCAACCAGCCUUCUGGAUGUUGGCGCACUAACAUUGGCUGCAGCGGGAGGUCACCAUUCAACAGUGUGCCUCCUCCUAGAAGCAGGAGCAGAUGUUGCAGGUGGUGGUGCCCACCCUGGCUUGGGGCUCACUCCUUUAGCUGCUGCUGCCAUCAAUGGACAUCUGUCAAUCAUGGGUGUCCUACUUCAAAGGGGAGCUUCUGUAAACCAGGUGCUUCUAGCAACUGGCACUAGUCCUCUCAUGCUGGCUGCAAGUGGUGGUCACCUUCGAGUAGCACAAAUGCUCAUGGACCAUGGUGCUGACCCAAACCAGCAGAAUAUUUAUGGCAAUACAGCCUUGGAUAUUGCCACAGCUUGUUCGAACAUGGAAGCAGCUGAAUACCUUCGAAGCAUAACACAGCUUGCAUCAAGCCAAGAGUACAAUCCAACCAUUGGUGAUGUCUUCAGUGCUAUUUCAGAGGGCAACUUGAAGGAACUGAAGAGACUCUUGAAGGAUCAUCCAUCAAGUGCUAACUGGUGCGACCUGAAGAAGGGCACGACUCCCUUAAUACAUGCUGUUAUACUGGGCUGCAUGGAUGCUGUCACAUUUUUGGUAAAAAACAAUGUGGACCUGGAUAUACAAGACCACACAGCUGGUUGGACAGCACUCAUGCAUGCUGUAUAUCAAGGGAAUGUCAACAUUGUGCGCUAUCUCAUUAGCUCAGGUGCUGAUGUCGGUGUAGAAGCUUUCAAUGGCGCUACUGCUCUUGACAUUGCUUGUUACCUUGAGAAUGGAGAUGCCAGAAUUAUUCGGAUGCUGGCUGACCAGAUAGUUGCCUGCACAUUAACACCAGGGAACGAGAGAAGACAAAGUACCUCUCAGCACUUCAAGGCAUUUAAGGGCUGGAUUGGUCAUGUAACACAAAAACUGACACCAUGGAAAGGUAGGCAGUUAAUGCAAAAAAGUGUCAGCCAAACAGCCAACCCGCCUAGUUCUUUGACUUCGGACCUGGACUCACUGAAAACAUCACCAAGGCCUAGCACACUGCCUGCUUUGGACAUUGACUUCACAUCUCCAGAAAUAACUUUUCCUGAAGUAGAUGCUGUAUUCAGAGCAGCACCUCCGUCACUUCCAAACUACGCAAAAAUGCUUGAAGCCACCCCAGCAGCUAUGCCUGAUGAUACUGCCCAAGCACAAACACAGAAGAUUAUGAGAAAGGCCACUGAACCAAUUUUUCUUCGACAUUUGAAACCACCUCCCUGCAAUAAGCCAGGGCCCCCAGGUGUAACUGAAAUUCUACAACAACUAGGUCUAGACAAAUAUGUUCAAAACUUUGAACAAAAUGAGGUUGACUGGGAAGUAUUUGUGAAUCUAGACCCAAAGGGCAUGGAAGAAAUUGGUAUUAAAACAGAAGCAAGCAGAGAAGCACUACUGGAAGCCAUCAGCCAACUGCAAAAACAUAGGCCCACUUAAAAAUUUGUAAAAUCUCUGGUUGUACAAGCCAACCAAGCAAACGUUGUGGUCAUCUUCACUGCUACACAACAUUUGCAUUUGCCAAGACAAUAAAAUAUACUUAAAAUUCAAGUAA